GUCGUGUAAUGGGGACGUCAUUAGCCGGAAGGGUGUCGUGGAAGGUUUAGAGAGCUCCAUCCAGGCGGCGCCACUACAGGAGGACAGAGAGCUGUCGUGAGCCGGACAGUGCAAUGAAGAUCCAGUAUCUUUUGCUGUUUCCCAUCCUGGGACUCGGCUUUGCUGUGCCAAUUGAAAGAGAGAAAGCACCACCACAAAAAGAGGAGGAGCGUCCUGCUGAAUCCGCAGACACUGGCCUGUACUAUGAUCGUUAUCUGAGAGAGGUAAUUGAUGUGCUGGAGACGGACAACCAUUUCCGUGAAAAGCUUCAAACCGCCAACGCAGAAGACAUUAAGAGUGGGAAACUCAGCAAGGAACUGGACUUUGUAAGUCACCAUGUGAGGACCAGACUGGAUGAGCUCAAAAGGCAGGAAGUCUCAAGGCUCCGCAUGCUAAUUAAAGCCAAGAUGGAUGCUACCAUGGAGGAAAAUGUUCAGAUUGAUCACCUUGCUUUAUUGAAGCAGUUUGAGCACUUGGACUCCCAGAACCAGCACACAUUUGAGCCCCGGGAUUUGGAAUUGCUGAUCCAGGCUGCUACAAAGGAUCUUGAAAACUAUGAUGCCGCUCGACACGAAGAGUUCAAACGCUAUGAGAUGCUGAAGGAACAUGAAAGGAGGGAAUAUCUCAAGUCGCUAGAUGAAGACAAAAGAAAGCUGGAAGAGGCUCACUUUGAGGAGAUGAAGAAGAAGCACCGGGAACAUCCUAAAGUCAACGUACCAGGGAGCAAGGAUCAACUGAAAGAGGUCUGGGAGGAGACUGAUGGCCUGGAUCCUAAUGAUUUCAACCCCAAAACUUUCUUCCAAUUACACGAUACUAAUGGAGAUGGCAUUCUGGAUGAACAAGAACUAGAGGCCCUCUUUACAAAGGAGCUGGAGAAGGUCUAUGAUCCAAAGAAUGAAGAAGAUGACAUGAUGGAGAUGGAAGAGGAGAGGCUGCGCAUGCGAGAGCACGUAAUGAAAAAUGUGGAUACAAAUCAAGAUCGGCUGGUAACACUGGAGGAGUUCCUGAAAUCCACAGAGACUAAGGACUUCAAUAACUCUGAUGGUGGCUGGCAGACUGUGGAGGAAACCCAGAUUUACACUGAAGAUGAAUUGCGGCGAUUUGAGCAGGAUUUGGUUGCUCAGGAAACUGCUUUAGAUCAAAAGGCAGAGGAACUACGCAAAGAACACGAGGCUCUUCAGCAGAGGAAGUUAGAGCUAGAUGCUCAAAAGAAGGAAUAUCAGCAGGCGGUCGUUCAGAUGGCACAGCAUAAGGCUCAGCAAGUUGGCGCAGCUGCAGCACAAGCUGUUGGCCCCAAUGGAGAGCUCAAGUUUCAGGCACAAGUACAAGAAGUAGCCAGUGAAAAAGCCAAUCCAGAAGCACAGCAAGGCUCAGAAAUUCACCCGGCACCACCCGGAGAUGCACCACAUCCAGAUGACAAAGCACCCGAGACUCCCCAGGAGGCAAAUGUACAGAACCAGCAAUAAGAGUCCAGAGACCCCCAGGAUGGAGAAUGCAUCAGGGAAGCAAGUAGUGUUGACCUCUAUCUUAGCUUCUCCCCUUAUGUAUCCCCUCUGAAGAUCAGCCAAGGGAUGUGCAAUCGCCCUCUGGGAAAAUCUCUCACAUUGGGAAUCAGGCUUCUUGUUUUCAAAAAACAAACUUACAAAUAAAAUAAAAAAAUAAUAAUAAAAACUGUGGGGAAUUGGGCAGGUUUAAACCCAGAAACAUU